AAACCAUUUCAGUUUAAUUUACACUUUUCAAUAGGAGCCGGCGGUGAUUCUAUACAAGUUGGCUGAACGUUAAAUAAACAUAAAUAAUUUGUUGAAAAAAAUGUUUAUUAUAUGUAAUUUUUGUGUCAUCGUGUUUUUCAUUUCAUUGACAAGGGCCAAUUAUUUCAAUGACUUCCAAGACAACCAGAAGUACGGGGAACAGGCUGUCGACUACGACUACCCGCCAUGGUCGUCAACGGGGCUAGCCGAUUUGCUGAAAUCGUCAAACUUCAUGCAGUACGACGGCGGAUACUCGGAGUCGCGCGGCCUGGACAAACGUGGCGGUGCCACCCAGUCCAGCGGCGGCAUAUGGUUUGGGCCACGGUUGGGCCGCAGGAAACGCCGGUCAUCUUACAACGUGAUGGACGUGAACGCUAACGGCCCGGAAGCGGGCGUGGCAUCGGCCAGCCAGACAGUAGUGGAUCUGAUCACGAACGCUCCUUGGGUACUCAUACCGCUCGUCGAGAAUUCCCUGUACAGCCAACAAAAACAGGAAUCAAGCAUCCGGAGCGGCCGUUCUUCCUCGGAGGAGGCGGGCGAAGAGGCAACGCGACAUUCGGCCAGGUCGCCACCGUACUCGCCGCCGUUUUCGCCGCGCCUGGGACGUCACGCGGACUCGGCAGCGCGUCCCGUGCAGACGCCGCGUCUAGGCCGUCAGAACGCGUCCGGGUUCUUGCGGCGAGACGCCAGGAGUGUUCCGCCGAAACCCGAAGCUUCGUCCCCGCCGCCAAAUCAGUAGGCUGCCUUCAAACAGACCGCCAACGACGAGUGUGCCAUGUCUAUAGCGAGAACACUUUUAUCAUAUAAUAUAGUAUUAUAUUAUUGUGUAGUUUUAGUUAGUCAACACAACUGUCUCGUUUGUAGUAGGUUAAAUAAAAUUUAGAAGUGCUAAAA